CGCCUCAAUUUGAAACAGUCUGCACACCCCGACACUUGCGAUACACACGUGAGUAGCCUUACUACACUUUGUACCAAAAUAUUCUCUUUUGAUAUUUUUUUAGUGACUGAGUGCGCUUUAACAGAAUUCGAAUUUGUUACGUUCAGUGACCGGUAUUCAAAUAUUAACAUUUUUUAUAACUCGAGUGUUUUUAAAUUUUAAUUUUGUGCGUCGUACGAAUUUUUUGGACCGCCGACAAAUUUAAAUACGAACAGUAUUUUAAUUAUUUUCAAAAAUGGAAUCGUUUGACAUUAUCAUGAGUAGGAAUAAUACAACGACGACUGCGGUCUCGCAACGGACCAGGUCAUCCUCCUUCAAAUGUUCUUUUGAAGAACAGAUCAAUGGCUCAACAGCAGAAAUAACGACGCGUAGACCAAGUGCAUAUAGAACCAAAGUGCUUUUGACCACCACACUUACCCUCGUACUCUGUCUGUGUCUGUUGUCAACGGCCUGCGCAUCUCCUGUUCAUAAAAGAAGAGCAAUAGCUUCAGGGUCAGAUAGUACGCCUAGUCCUUCGAAAGUGUGCCAUAAGAACACUCCGUGUGGAUGGGCCAUUUACAUACCGUUUACCCGCCGGAUAGACUAUUUCAUGAAAAACACUUGCGAUUGUGCGCCUAACUUAGCGUGUCUCAAGACCGAUGACGAUUUGUCAGUGAACGCGUACGUGUACCGGUGCAAAACUAAGCCACUGACGACCACUGCUGAGACGCCGACGACCACUUGAGACCAUCCGUAAUAUUAAUUUCCAGGGCGAAAUUUUUAAUUAUACAUAUUAAUCAUGUGUGCAAUAUGUGCACAUGAAUAACCCGCAAACAUCUCGGAUACUUAGUCCUCAUUCCUCGUCAAAAAGAAGAAAGUGGUCUUAAAGUAACAAUCAAUAACAUAUUCCUGUAUGCCAAAUCUAUCAAGUUCCACAUUUAUGACUAUAAUAAUAAUUAUUAUUUUAUUUAUUAAAAAAAAAUUAUUUUUUUUUCGACCUUAGCUAGUAGGUUUGAAGGGAAAGGUCAAUUUUGCUGGUAUUUUUAUAGUUUACCCAAUUAUGUAACUACUUGUUAAAAUACAUAUUCUUUUUAAAAUGAUUAAAAAAAAAAUAAUUAUUUAUCAGCGAGUUGGGUACUUAUAAUUUAUUAUUAUUAUUUUUAUGUUACCUUUUUUUGUUUAUUAUAAAUUAUUAUAACUAAUUUUAUUCAUUAAUACCAAAAUGUUGCAAGAUUUUUAUUUAUUCGCUUCUUAUUUUAAUUUUGUGUACAAACAAAAAGGGCAUUAGGAUUUAUAACGUUUAUAAAGGUUUCGUCCUGAAAACACCUUUUAAGUGCAGUAUUUUUUCAUAUACUUGUAGUUUUGAUUGUUGAAAACUUUGAACUUUAGAAUUAAUAUUUCAUAUUUAAGUUAAGUUAAUUUAUUUUUUAUUUAAGGCAAGCUUACUUAAACACAACUAGCGUGUACAUUUUUCACAGCCAACAUAUUAUGUUUUUUUUUUUUUUUUUUACCGUCAAUUACAUAUUGCUGUCGACCCAUCAUGUUUUAACACUGAGCAUUUACGUCAUUCCCAUUGCUAUACUAUAAAAAUUAUUAGACAUUAAUCAAAACAAACUCUCUGUUAUUAUGUUUAUUUAAUAUUCAUCAUUAUUGUACGCGUUCUUCCAGUGUUGUUUUUUUUUUUUUUUUUGACUUAACAACUUUUAUUAUUAUUAUUACUUCAAUAAAGGACAUAACACAAAUCAAGUAAUAAUUAAAA